AUGGAUUUCAUGGAUUCAGAAACACAAGAACCAGAUGAUUCACCAUAUUUGGAAACAGAUUAUGACAUGCCUCCUCCACUUGCUCCUGAAUGUAAAAGCUUCAAAUGGAAAGUACAAGUGAUAAUGAUUGUGCAUUUUGAUGAAGAUAGCGGCCAACCAAUUGGAGAAUCGGGAGGUUUACUAGGAUCAUGGUUAGGUCAGUUAAGCAAUGAUGUGAAUUUUCUACCCAUUAACUACAGUGACUGGAGGAUGGUUAAUUCUCACAUUAAAAGUAAGGCAUGGGAAGUAAUUCAGUCCAAAUUCAGGUUUGAUGAUCCACAUACGAUAAAAGUAUUUGUGCUGGGUGCAUUAGUUAUCUUUUUAUGUUUUAGAAAAUGCAAGAACGGAAUACAAAAAACCAAAAAAAGCAUACUAUGCCUAAUGUAUGUAAAAUCAACACUGGAAGAACACCAUGUUGAGCAGAGUUUUUCAUCGAAACUCGAACAAAACCUAAUGGAAGCUUCGUAUGUGAAGAAGAAAAAGAACGCGCAGUUAGAAGCACUUACUACUUUGUUGAGUCAAAAUCCGCGCAUCACAAAAAAUGUUACAGCCAGUUUGGAUGAUGAAUAUGCACAAGUUUUUGGACCAGAGCGUCCAGGACGAGUGCGAUGUGUUGGUCGUGGACCUACACCUUCAAAGUUGGUGUGCCGCUCAACUGCAACUAGACCAGAUAUUGAAAAUUCAGAAAUGGUUGUAGAGUUGAAGUCACAAGUGAAAGAAUUAUCAGACCAAGUCAAAGGAAUGAGUACAUUCAUCCAACAAAUAAUUGGUACUUCUUCUGGUGAACAAGCAAGAGCAUGGGCUGCUAGUUUUGCAGUUGCUUUUGCUAACAUACCAGAUCCGACGUUUGCCAACAUACCAAAUCCACCUAACCCAAAUCAGAUUGAUGAAUGGGUAGAUUACGCUACUGUAUUCUCCUCCUCUGGUUCUGAGUUUGAGAAUGCUUUCUCUUGCGUAGACAACUACCUUCAGAGUGCUGCCUUUCUUCUUGGCCUGUUGGCCAUUCUCUUUCCAUUGCUGACGUGGCUAUCUGGAUCUGGCCUUAGAUGGGAAAGUGUGAGGAAAUCCCAAAAGUAUGAGAAUUUGGUUAGAUGGUUCAACCUCGAUAUUGCUUGA